CAGAAUUUGGCGCAAAUCAAUGCGCAUGAUACACCAGUCCAAUUUGAUCGCAGCUUCGCGAAAUGAGUUCUGCUCUGUCUCUUUUGGGGAAAAAUCGCAGAGUGCCCUUACCUGGCUCUGUGGAUGAAGGGAGGAAGAGAGCGCCCUUCAAGCAAAUCACAAGAGCUGAGCAUGAGUUGGGCCUGUUGGAUGGCGUCUUCAGCAGCAGGAGGCGCUCCGGGCCCCCUAAUCCUGUUGCCUCUCCCUCCAGAUCAAUGAUGGCAUCGCAUGGGGCCGCUAGUGACCCUGGGGCUCCAGCUCCCUCAGACUUUGAGCUGAUGUCCAGUAUGCUGAGGAAGCUGACUCUACUGGAGGUCAAGGUGAAGGCCCAGGCCAUGGACAUCCAGAGGAAGGAGAACACUAUUGCCAUUUUGGAGAAGAAGCUUCAGAGAAAGGCUACAGGACAAGGGCGUGAAGAGGAAAUGACCGAGAUGUGUGACAGGCUACAGAAGCAAGUGUGGGAGAUGGAGAAAUUCCUGGGUGACUAUGGCAUGAUCUGGGUGGGAGACGCUAAUACAGCUGCUGCAGCUGAUCCUGACCAGGCCAACACUGAGGAGGAUGACCCAGAGACAAGUGGAUGGCAACCAGCAGCCUCGUCCAAGGUGGAGGCGUUCCGGGUGAACUUUGACCAGGUGGUGGAGUGCGUGCGUGAGCUGAACGUGCUGGCGGGGGAGGGGGAGGCGUACGUGCGUGCGGUGCCCGGCGGUGCCCAGCUGGCCAGACGCAGCCCUGUGCCCCUGCAGCUCUACGCAGAUGGCAUCCUCAUGUUCAACGGGCCCUUCAGGCCGUACUCUGACCCCACCACUCAGCAAUGCAUGCAGGACCUGAUGGAUGGUUACUUCCCCUCAGAACUGCAGGAGCGGUUUCCUGAUGGGGUGCCCUUUCAGCUGCUGGACAGGAGAGAGCAGGAGUACAAGGGGAGGAGGCAGGACUUCCCUGGCAGAGGUCACAUGGUGUCAGAAGGAGCCAAUCAAGGCGCAGAGCAAAACCCUGCACUCUCAGACCAAAGGACCAACUGCAAGCCAGGCAAGGCUGACUCCACAGAGCGCUCUCUUGGCAAGGCCCUCUCCACAGAGGAGUCCCCAGGCAGGGCCGAGUCCACAGAGCGCUUCCUGACGAGGCUGCCAAAGAGCGUCAUCAAGGCUGGAAAGGUCAUCGACAUCCGAGGCUCCAUAAGGGACCACCUACAGGAGUCUGGUGGAGACCUGGAGCACUCUCACUCUGUGACACUGAUAGACACCCCAGCACUGCAGGACCUCAGGAAGAGGCUGGACGAGGGCGGUGGAAGCCCAAACGAGACAGCUGCUGACAUCAGCACCCUGAGAGUGAAGUCGGAGGACGGAGAGAAAACGUUCAUUUUGAAGAUGGAGGCCACGCAGACGAUAGGAGAGCUGCGGAAGUACCUGGACAAUCACAGGUGCAGAAAUUCUGCAGCAUAUGACAUCAUCAGUGUGUAUCCACGGCGUCGCUACGACAACGAUGCCCAAACACUGGCAGAGUGCGGCCUCACGCCCAGCGCUACCCUCCUGCUGCAGCCUCGAUGAACACACACACACACACACACACACACACACACACACACACACACACACACACACACACACACACACACACACAAUGUGCGACCUGCAGUGAUCUGCAACAACAACCCUGAAAAAGCACACUACAUGCUGCAAGACUUUGCAAGACAUCCUGCAAGACUAUUUUACACAAGACAUUCGGUACGAGUGUUUUCUGCAAUGUUGUUUACAUUAAUAAAAUGAAACAGAGAAUGACAAA